AGUUUGUGGGGGUCCUUCCUCCCCUAACCCUAGUGAAUGUGGAGGGACCAUGGUAUUACAAAGAAAUGCUGUUUCUGCCUAAAGAUAAACAGUUGAAUAGGUGUACUAAAGAGGGCCAGCAUGGGAUAAUGGCUUGAGCAUUGCACUGUGAUUCUGGAGGCAAGGUUUGAAUCUCAGCUUGGCCAGGGAGGCCUACUGGCUGACCUUAGAUUAGUCACACUCUCUCAGCCUCAGAGGAUGGCAAUGGCAAACCAUAUUUGAAGAAAAUUGCCAGGAAAACCCAAUGAAUAGGAUUGUUUUAGGGUCGCCAUGAGUCGAAAAGCCACAUGAAGGCACACACCACAAACAACAAGGUCUACUAAAAGAGAGGAGGGUGGUGGGAAGGAUGCCUGCAGAAAUACAAAAUGGUUAGGGACAGAGUGUUUAGGAGGACACUGCAUUGUAUGAUAGUCUUGGUUUGUGGCUAAAAAAGAAAGGAAAUCAUUCACUCCCAAGCUGUCUUUAGUUUCUUUCUGAAGUAAAUGUUAUGGUCUUCAAAGAGAAAGGAACCACUUUCCAGCCUGGAUUUGAUUAUAAAACAUCUUGCCUCUAGAGUAGUGAUUCCUAAACUUUGGUCCUCCAGGUUUCUUGGACUUCAAUUCCCAGAAGCCCCAGCCAGCUUGGCCAACGGUCAGGAAUUGUGGGAACUGAAGUCCAAAACAUCUAGAGGAUGAAAGUUUGGGAACCACUGGAAGGUCUUCACAGAACAGCUAAUUCACAGGAAAACAUGUUUUCUUUAUAGGCUUUGGUGUCCCCGGUGAUUUUUCCUGUGACACUAUGGCAGAAGAAGCACAUAUUCCUUUGGUCAUGUUGGGAACUGCUUGGGAGAAAAAAAUAAAAAUGGAAAAUCCAGAUUCAGUCUGCUAUGAGUUAGGAGAAGACCCUCAUCCUAUUCAGGCUGAGUGCAAAGGAGGGUACUUGGGAAGAACCAUGGAGAAGAGCCUGGGGAAGGAGGCUCUCAGUUCCGAUAUCUUGUACCAGCACUUCAAGCAGUUUGACUACCAGGAGGCUUUGGGACCCCGAGAGGUGUGCAGCCGGCUCCACCAUCUCUGCCAUCAGUGGCUGAAGGAAGAGGAACGCACCUCAGCUCAGGUCUUGGACCUGCUGGUUUUGGAGCAGUUUCUUACCAUCCUUCCCCCAGAGAUAGAGACCUGGGUGAAAGAAUGUGGAGCAGAGACCACUUGUCAAGCAGUGGCCUUGGCAGAAGGUUUCCUCAUGAGUCAGGCAGAGGAGAAGAAGCAGCAGAAUAUGACUGUGGAAGAUAUGGCUGCGGAGGAGAAGUGUCCUUCUACAUCCACCCAGACAUUGCACCCCAGUUGUAUCAUGCAGGAUGAAAUUGAAUUAACAGCACGACCUACCUGUUCAAGCACAUUUCUUAAUUAUGAUGGACUCAGAACAGCUUCUGCAAGACUGAGUCAGGUGACCUUUGAAGAUGUGGCUGUGUAUUUCACAGAUGAGGAGUGGGCCAUGCUAGACCUGAGCCAAAGAGCUCUUCAUAAUGAAGUGAUGGAGGAGACUUUGGGCAUUGUGAUCUCCUUGGCUGGUGAUGGGCAACUAAACGAGAACAAAGGAGAAUCAUGCAAGCUGUUGUCUGAAAGAGUGGCAUAUAAACAGAUGGAAGAGAACGGAAGAAGUGCUGACACUCAAGGAAACAGGGGCAAAGCACCAGCUUCUCAAGGUGGGGAGAGCUAUGGAAUCUCUGUUGAAGAAAUCCCACAAAAUGGAAAGGAGUGUAUUUAUCUUCCAUCCGGGAAAAGCGUUAGUUGUAAAACAAGCCUUAAUCGUCAUGCAAGAACCCACGAAGGGGAGAUAUCAGGCAAAGGUGAGGAUGGUGGAGAGAUCUUCAGUGUUUGGAAAGGUCUGAUUUCCCAUCAGACAACACAGAUGAGCCAAGUACUCUUCAAAUGCUUGGAGUGUGGAAAGAGUUUCAGUGAGAAGACUCAAUUCACUUGGCAUCAAGCAACUCACACAGGGGAGAAACCAUUUCAGUGCUUGGAGUGUGGAAAAAGCUUCAGUCAGAAAUCAAUCCUCACUCGUCAUCAAGCAGUUCAUACAGGGGAGAAACCAUUUAAAUGUCUGGAGUGUGGAAAAAGCUUCGGUCAGAAGGCAGAUCUCACUCGUCAUCAAGCAGUUCACACAGGGGUGAAACCUUAUAAAUGUCUGGAGUGCGGAAAAAGCUUCAGUCAGAAGGCAGACCUCACUUGUCAUCAAAGAAUUCAUACUGGAGAGAAACCAUUUAAAUGUUUGGAGUGUGGAAAAAGCUUCUGUCAGAAGGCAAACCUUAUUGGUCAUCAAGCAACUCACACAGGGGAGAAACUGUUCAAAUGCUUGGAGUGUGGAAAAUGCUUUAGUCGAAAAACAAACCUCACUUGUCAUCAAGCUAUCCACACAGGGGAGAAACCGUUUCAGUGCCUGGAAUGUGGGAAGAGCUUCAGUCAGAAGACAAACCUCAUUGGUCAUCAAGCAACUCACACCGGGGAGAAACUAUUCAAAUGCUUGGAGUGUGGAAAAAGCUUCAGUCGGAAGACGCAUCUCACCUGCCAUCAGAGAACCCAUACAGGAGAGAAACCAUUUGAAUGCCUGGAGUGUGGCAGGUGCUUCAGUCAGAAGUCACUUCUCGUUCAUCAUGAGGCAACUCACACAGGGGAGAAACCAUUUGAAUGCUUGGAGUGUGGGAAACGUUUCAGUCAGAGGACAAAACUUAAUUAUCAUCAAAAAAUGCAUGCAGGAGACAAACCAUUUACAUGCUCAGAGUGUGGAAAGAGAUUUGGUCAGAAGUCACUCCUCGUUCGCCAUCAAGCAGUCCACACAGGGGAGAAACCAUUUAAGUGCUUGGAGUGUGGAAAGAGCUUCAGUCAGAAGAUAGAUCUCACUCGUCAUCAAAUAAUUCAUACAGGGGAGAAACCGUUUAAGUGCUCUGAGUGUGGAAAGAGCUUUAGUUGGAGGAAAAGCCUCACAGCUCAUCAGGCAGCAGCAAACCAUUGGGAUGUCUCAGAAGUGCGAAUAGUUACAGUUGGAGAUGAUGACUCCAUAUUUGAUACAAAAGAGUUCAUAGACGUGAAUGUGGAAAAUACUUCAAUCAUUACUCACAUCUUAUGACACACAAAUUCACACAUAGUAGAAACUAAAUCUCCUUUUAUCAAUGAGAGAACAGAACAAAGAGGAAACAGCGCACUGUGUGUCGGACUACUAUAGUAGCAAACUCUUUUUUUGACAGUUAAGAACCCAGACAGGAAUAAAGGUGUUUAAGUACAUGUAAUGAGUAAUGAACUUCAGUGAGAGGUAAAUCUUAACUUAAAGAAUAUAGAUGGGGAUUGACCUGACAAAUGCUUGGAGUGUGGAAAGUCUAAUUGGAACUUCAGGGAAACUGCUAUUUAAAUGCUUUGGGUGUAGAAACAGCUAUUUUAGGAGAGACUGCCAUAUAUACCAUUAAAUGAUGCACAGUAGUUGAGUGUGAUAUUGAAAGGAAUGCCUUUUAAAACUUUACCACAUAUCUAAGAGUUCAUGUGAAUGCUUAGAUUUCAAACUCAGUUUUAAUAUGAAAUAAAGCUUACCAAGUUUUGAUCCAGCAAGGUAUUAGUGAUUUGAAUGUUGGACUAGGUCUCUGGGAGACCAGAGUUUGAAUCUCUGCUCAGCCAUGGAAAUCUACUGGAUGAUCUUGGGCAAGUCACCUCCAAGUAAAUCUUGCCAAGAAAAUCCUGUAAUAGAGUUACCCAAGUUAGAAAUGACUUAAAAGCAUAUCACAACAUAAAGUUAACAUAUACUUUAAAAUAAUUUUUGUUCAGGUUAUUGGACUUGUUUGCAAGGUUACAAUCAAAUUAUUAAUCCACUUCUCUGCUAACAAUAUAAGACAUCCUUUGUGGGAAUUUCAAGUAAAGAGUAACUGAAUCAGCUAAAUGACACAGAAUCAUGAAUUUGGAUAUGUAAAGAAGUAAUUAAUCUGUUAAAGGAAAGGUACACAAAGAGAAGUGUGGGUCUCAAUGAUUUCUGGGUGAUAGAUAUAAAAAAACUAAGCAAUGUGGGAUGGUUGAUACCUUAUUAACUGAGUUUGAGACCAUCUCUAAAAGUCAAGGAUUGGUUUGUUUGUGUGAUGAAGUCUUGUAAAAUGAAAUGUUUUAUAUACAACUGUAAUAAUUUAAAGAUUUGUCCUUUUUGUCCUUCAAUCAGUAAAAACCCUAUAGUUCAUUGUAAGUAUCUAAUCCAUGAUACAUUUUGUGUAGCAUAUACAUCUCACACUAUAGAAGUGCAUAUGUAUUCUUUGCCUACAUUUAAGUAGUUGAGUUUGAUUUAUUUUUUUUAACAGUGUGAGUAUAUUUGAUCUUGCCCAACCUGAUUGAUGUAUAUUUCAGCUUCUUUUGGGUCAGAAAAGAGUGUUGAGAGAAAAGAACUGGUACUAUAGAAAGGUACAUAAAUCUGGCUAAAUCUUUUCCCAGCAUUCUCUGAAGAAAAUAUGUACUUGGGCCAUUGUGAGUUUUUUGCGCUCUACAAAUGGAGUCUGACAAGAACAGCCUUCUGUAUCAAUGCAUGAGUUCCAGCCACUUUGGAAUGCUUUGUACCAUCUUUUUCCCUAACAAAAUAAUGUGUCCAAAGACCUUUUGUGUAAUGAUUUCAAAGCCAUAUACCACCAAUGCCACCUGUCCUUAAUGUACAGCCUUUGAAUCUUGCGAGGACAUUUAUUUGACUAUUUAUACCUUGCUCUUCAGCCACAAAGGCUCUCAGAUCCCAUGUCUCAUGGGAAGCAAGAAGGAUUGGAGAAGUGUCUGGGUAUGCCUCCAUUAUUGUUGUAUACCUUCAAGUCAUUUCUGACUUAUCCCGGCCCAAAACUGAGCUUAUUACUGGGUUGUCUUGGCAAAAUUUGUUUAGAGGGGGCUUGUCUUGGUCUUUCUCAGAGAGCGUGACUUGCCUAAGGUCACACAGUGGGUUUCAUCAGCACAGCAAGGAUUUAAACCCUGGUGUCCAGUGUCCUAGUCGCAACAUCAGUAUACUACACUGUCCUCAUAUGCAUUCUCAGCAAUGCAGUAAUCCUUUUAUGAUGCUUACCAAUCCUACCUGCUCCCAAAGAGGCAUGGAAUUGGGCCCGUGGGUGGGGGGCUUGAGAGGCUGUACAGAUUCUUGGAGUAUGUGUGUGCGCUUUGGACACUACAGAAGGAGGUAGUAAAAACAAAACAAAAAAGCUUCCUUUAUAUACCGCUUCAUACUGAACGAACAGUGUCUAAGCGGUUUACAACUGUAAGCUAACUUCUGCAGCACUUGGAGCAUAUUUAAUUAUGUAGGGGGUAAUGAUGUGUGCAUAUGGUGCAAGAAAUGCAAGGACCAAAGAAGAAAGAUUUGGCAGAUUUGGAGAGUGCUGUUCAGUUUAAUGGUCUACAACUCAUGGCAUGGAUUGUAAGCCAAUCUUGGGAAAGUUCCUUUUUCUAGACUACAACUCCCAAAGGCCCAUGAUAGCAUAGCUACUGGAUUUUUUGGCACUGUAGUCCACUAAAGGAGAUCACCCAAGUUAUGGAUGCCAAAGAGACCUCUGCCAUCACCUUCUAGAAUUAUAAGUGGUUUACUUUAGGCCCCUCUCUUGGCUGAGGGUCUGGUGCUGAAUGCAAAGGUGUCACUUGCUUCCUCAUUUUCCCAGUCGUUUUCUGAUUCUCCCAAUCACUAGCUUGAACUUUUUAUUGAAUUUUAUAAACCAUACAAAGUGAAGAAACAUGUUGAGCCAAAUGGAAAGAGCUAUACAGUCAUUGAACAUUAAAUCAUAACAGUAAGAAAGAAUAAAAAGGGGGGACACAGAUAUGUGCACACUGUUCUUUAAGAUAGAUUUGUAUUGAUCAGUCCAUAUUGGCUGUAACAAUGUCUAUAAACUCUGUGUAUGAAAUCAGAAUGAGCUGAUCCAAAAUUUCUCUUAAUUGUUCUGUAGGUUUGUGUACAGAUGAGUCUUUAUUAGCAAAGAUAAUAAAUCUUAAUAAAAUUGC